AUGAAAGGAAGUUUGAAAACUUUAAGAAUCAACAACCAUUCAACUAAGACAAACUUCAAUGAUUGGUCAGAUCCAAAGUACACAAUACCUUGUAAGAGAGAGACUUCAAUCUUUGAUGGUAAAACUUCCUUACCAUCAGAAGCAGAGCUGAGUGAUAAAGAUGAUGUGAGGUCAAUUACAUCCAAUACUUAUGUUGAACUAGGAGAAUUACGACAUAGGAUAAGAACAGGAUCUCCCCUGAUGACCAAAAAAGAAGUGAGAGAGUACAGACUACCGUUUCAUGAGAGUUUACUUCUCAAUUUAAAAGAUGAUGGGUUUUUGUUGACCCAUGAGUUUGUCAAAGACCUGAUUGCUGUUGAUGAAGCAUAUCACAAGGAACCAGGAAGGGAUAAAACGGAGAAAAGAAAAAUUUUGAAAUAUACUAAAUCUGCACUGGUUCCACUUGCCAAUGGAUUGAUGAAGGCUGAAAGUUCUCGGUUGAACGAAGAAAAAACCCAAGAGGCAACAGCAUUUCUAGAUUUGGCAACGUACUUUGGCAACUCCGAAAAUUCAUGGUCUUGGAUCGCUCUUGAGAUGUUCGAACAAUGCAUGGAAGUGAUGAAAAAUAUUGAACAGCCUGACCCUCAGUUACAAGCGAUUUCUAAACAUUUAUACGGUUCUUUUUUGUUUUACAAACAGCAAGAUUUUAACGAAGCAAGAGCUCAAAUAGAAAGCUCAAUGGCCUUGUCUGAAGGUAAAUAUUGGAAAGUCGGUGAAACAGAGACAAAUCUUUACCUUGAAUCUUGUGGUCUGCUGCAUAAAAUAUUUCUGGAAAUGUCUCAGAGAGAAUUGAUCCGUGAGAAUAUAGAGGAAGCGAUACAAUUGUGUAGAAACAGUUUACUCUGGGCUAAGGUUAUCAGUGACAAGUCUGCUGAAGCUGAUGCGCUGCACAAGUUGAUUAAGAUUUAUCUGUCAGCCCAGCUACUCAACUCAGUCCCAGAGCUGCUGGAGUGUUACAUGAAGCUUUGUACAGAACUAGGAAAUGUCCAAGGCCAGUGUGAGGGUUACAUCCUGAGUGCGAGAUACAACAGUUAUGUUGAUAACAAGUCCAAUGUCAUCGAAGACAUGAAAAAUCUCUUAAAAAUUGCAACAGAAAACCACAUAACAAAGAUGGUCGCUUUAGCCCAUCACAAGUUGGCCUCGUACAGCCUACUGGCAGGAUCAGAUCAAGAACUGCUUGAACAUUCCAUCAAAGCUUACAUGUCCUAUUUGAAUUUGAAUGCGAAUAUGAAAGAGAGAGAUGAGGCGAAAUGUCUUGUUGGAAUCGCACAGGUGUAUGCUUGGAUGCAAUUCAUUUAG